GGCGGGCCCGUGACGCGCGCGGCGGCGGAGGGGGCUCGGCUUGUCAGAGUCCUCAGAAAAGAAAAAAAAAGUAUAUUUCAGUAGGUGAAAAUCAGAGGAAGUAGCUGCUGACAUAGGAAAACUGUACUAAAGGACAUUUCUGAAGGAAAACUUUUAAGAUGUGGUGAAGAGCCUGUAUUUUCCCCUGUGUGGUAUAUUGUGCCUUAAAAAAUGGGGUUUGGAGGUGACCUGAAGUAUUCUCAUGAUGCUCUAUUAAAACUGCAAGACUGGGAACUACGACUACUGGAAACAGUGAAGAAAUUUAUGGUCAUGAGAGUAAAAAGUGAUAAAGAAUAUGCGUCCACUUUACAGAAUCUUUGUAACCAAGUAGAUAAAGAGAGUGCUUGUCAGUUGGAUUAUAUCAGCAAUGUGUCCAAGUCUUGGUUGCUUGUGGUACAACAAACAGAACAACUGAGCAAAAUAAUGAAGACACAUGCCGAGGAUCUUAAUUCUGGGCCCUUGCAUAGGCUUACAAUGAUGAUCAAAGAUAAGCAGCAAGUUAAGAAGAGUUUUGUAGGUGUUCACCAACAAAUUGAAGCAGAGAUGUAUAAGGUCACAAAGACAGAACUAGAGAAACUUAAAUCUAGCUACAGGCAACUAAUAAAAGAAGUAAAUUCUGCCAAAGAAAAGUAUAAAGAAGCUGUGGCUAAAGGAAAGGAGACAGAGAAAGCCAAAGAUCGGUGUGAAAAAGCCACUAUGAAACUUCAUAUGUUGCAUAACCAGUAUGUGUUGGCACUGAAAGGAGCACAAUUACAUCAGCACCAGUAUUACGAUACUACACUUCCCCUCUUACUUGAUUCACUACAGAAGAUGCAAGAAGAAAUGAUUAAAGCCCUAAAAGGGAUAUUGGAUGAAUAUAGCGAGAUCACCAGUCUUGUAACAGAAGAGAUUGUGAAUGUCCAUAAAGAGAUCCAGACCUCGGUGGAACAGAUAGACCCUAACUCUGAGUAUAAUGACUUCAUAGAUACUCACAGGUCAUCAGAAGUUGUUGAACAAGAAAUAGAGUUUGAUACAUCUUUACUAGAAGAAAAUGAAAACCUCCAAGCUAAUGAGAUCAUGUGGAAUAAUUUAACAGCAGAAAGUUUGCAAGUCAUGUUAAAAACAGUAAUAGAAGAACUGAUGCAGACACAGCAAACCCUUCUGAGCAAAGAGGAACUUGUUUUGGAUCUAGAGAAAAAAAUAGAAGAGUCAUCUAAGACAUGUGAAAAGAAAUCCGAUAUUGUACUCUUGCUGAGCCAAAAGCAGGCACUUGAAGAACUUAAGCAAACAGUCCAGCAAUUAAAAUGCUCUGAGGCAAAAUUUGCAGCCCAGAAAGAACUACUGGAACAAAAGGUUCAAGAGAAUGAUGGGAAAGAGCCACCACCUGUAGUGAAUUACGAAGAAGAUGCCAGAUCAGUGACUUCUAUGGACAAGAAGGAUAAAGUCUCAAGAUUUGACACCAUACGUCAUUCCAUAGCUGGAAUUAUAAGGUCUCCAAAAUCCAUGUUGGGUUCAUCAUCGUUCUUUGAUGUAAUCUCAACCACUGAGAAACCAUUGGCUGAGCAAGACUGGUAUCAUGGUGCAAUUCCAAGAAUAGAAGCCCAGGAGCUGUUAAAACAGCAAGGAGACUUCUUGGUGCGAGAGAGCCACGGGAAACCUGGUGAAUAUGUCCUUUCUGUGUUUUCAGAUGGACAACGGAGACACUUUAUCAUACAAUAUGCUGAUAAUCAAUAUCGUUUUGAGGGAACUGGGUUUCCAACUAUUCCUCAGCUCAUAGAACAUCAUUACACAACAAAGCAAGUUAUUACAAAGAAGUCGGGCGUUGUUCUGCUUAAUCCUGUUGUUAAGGAUAAGAAAUGGGUUCUCAAUCAUGAAGAUGUCACACUGGGGGAAUUACUGGGCAAAGGUAAUUUUGGUGAGGUGUAUAAAGGAACAUUAAAGGAUAAAACCCCUGUUGCUGUAAAAACUUGCAAAGAAGAUCUUCCUCAGGAACUGAAAAUAAAAUUUCUGUCUGAAGCCAGAAUACUCAAACAAUAUGACCAUCCUAAUAUUGUAAAACUUAUAGGAGUUUGCACUCAACGACAGCCUAUAUAUAUUGUUAUGGAACUUGUUCCAGGAGGUGAUUUCCUGUCAUUCCUAAGAAAAAAGAAGGAUGAGCUGAAAACCAAACAGUUGGUGAAAUUUUCAUUAGAUGCUGCCUCUGGUAUGGCAUAUCUUGAAUCUAAAAAUUGUAUACAUAGAGACCUGGCUGCAAGGAACUGCUUGGUAGGUGAAAGCAACAUCUUGAAAAUAAGUGAUUUUGGGAUGUCCCGGCAAGAGGACGAUGGGGUGUACUCAUCCUCAGGCCUUAAGCAGAUUCCUAUCAAGUGGACUGCUCCAGAAGCUCUGAACUAUGGGAGAUACACAUCUGAGAGUGAUGUAUGGAGCUUUGGAAUCCUUCUGUGGGAGACCUUCAGUUUAGGAGUAUGCCCAUACCCUGGAAUGACCAACCAACAAGCACGAGAGCAAGUUGAGAAAGGCUACCGAAUGUCUGCACCACAAAAAUGUCCAGAAGAAAUAUAUAAAAUAAUGCAGAGAUGCUGGGACUACAAGCCAGAAAACCGGCCAAAAUUCAGUGAGAUUCAGAAAGAGCUGUCUUCAAUCAAAAAGAAAGUGACAUAGUGAUGAAGAAGUGCCAAACUCAGUGUCUGAGACUUUAUUUUCCAGUGAAGUAAUUGUUUCCCUCAAACACUAUGCAUUUUUAUAGCAUUAUUUGCAAUAUUCUUCUAGGAUUACUCUUGAAAUUACCUGGUGUACCAUCUUGAAUGGCAUCUACACCUGCAUUAAGAUAUAAACUGCGAAAUGCUAUAUAUCCAGUCACAGUAGUACUGUAAUUUAGGUUACAUGUACAUAAGAAAGCACAUAUUACAAAUUUAAGGGACUGUGGCUUCUACCUGUUUUACAGCAAAUAACUGCUAGUGACAUUUUUCAGAGGUAUUCUACUUUAAGCUGGGCUCUCACUCUGCUAUCCUUGUCCUGUAGGUCAGCAUAUUAAUGUGGGGAUUAUCAUACAUGUUGGCCUUAUAACUGAAGACAGUUUUGACAAGUAUUUCAACUAGAAGGUUGCUUUUUUUUUAAAAUUCUUUCUGCAUCUGAUAUAUUUAGGUGAUAUUUGGUUUUAAGCAUGAAGCUCAGUUAGAUUCAGGAUGCAAACAUGCUUACUGAAUGGAAAAAUCCAGAAUUUUUUUGGUAGUUGAAUUACUUGUGCAUUUAUUACCAUACAAUAGAAAUACUUCUGACUUUAUAUGUGAUCUACUUAAUGCCUUUUUUCUCCUUCAGUGCCAUCAGAAUUCAGUAACUUGUUUCUUUUAUGGUGACCUAUGUUUAUGUUUAUUUUAGAAAAAAGACCAAUAUAAAGUAUAUUUCUUAGCACAUGCUAAGACAUACUGCAAACUAUCUGCUUUCCAAAGAAUAUGUGAAAGUAGUAGGCCAAGAAAAAGCAGUUUAUUAAUGAUAUCAGCAAAUAACAAAUAUCAUUGAUUUUAGAGUCGCUAAAGGAUAUGUUGCUAGAUUUGCUUUUGACCCUGAUUUUUUCCCUUAAAUUGGUAGAAAUUCUCAGAAUGCAAGUUUAUUCUGAACAAAAGAACAUUUCAUGCAUAGUGUCCAAAGGAAAAUACUACUUCUGUAUGGCAUGAGGAAGUUGUUCAGACAACCAAAAGGAAAGAAGCCUCUGACAGGGAACAGCAGAGUAGAAAUACUAACCUUCUAUUUUUCUUACAUUAUUGCAAUCAAAUAUCAAAAGACUGGGGAUAAACAAGGUUUAAAUGCACCAAGAAUAUAAACCUUGUGUUUGUAUAUAUAUACAUAUAAAUAUAUAUUAAAAAAAAAGCCAGAAAGAAUAAAAACUUACUAGAUAGGGGAGGGAGGAAGUGCACCAUUUGUUACUUUGACUCUAGGUCUUCUUUGCAGCUGGAAUUGUUUCCUAGGGCUCUGAAUGGAAAUAGGAACAAGUUACCGUAUCCCUGUCUUGAGUUCCAGCAUUAAGGUGCUUAAAAUAUUUCUAGGAAUUUACUAAACUAUUCAGAUCAAGGGAUACCAGUUGCUGCUAAUGCAAGUAAGAAACAGGGAUUGUAAGUAACACAGCAUCUAGAAUGUUAAUUAGCCUUAUAUUUUAGUGUUACAGUGGGGUUGAGAUGUAGUGAAGUCAGUGGCUACAUUACAUUUUUAUUUCUGUUAGGGUGGCUUUUCUAUUGUUCACAUCAUCUUCUGUUCUUUCAAGUAUAUUUGCAGUAGUGCUGAGUGGUGGUUUAGGGCUGUGUGUGACCGAAAUAUGUGUAGUCUAGAAGAAUCUGUCUGUUACAUAGGAAUUAGUGUCCAACUACAACAGUGAAUGGUUGUGUGGGAUCACAUCACCUGCAUUUGAGGUGGUAUUAUCAGUAUCCAGCUGUAAGGAUGUGCUUCUUGCAUUUUGUUAAGUGAUUAAUUUCUUGGAGAUAAGGAAGCAUUUAUAUGCACAUACCCAUUAAAGUGUAGUGCUUGGAAAACUUGGUGGCAUUAAUUAAAACUUCAUUGUAAGUGUACUGGAUAUAUUUACUUAGUUCUGUACUUCAAGUAGCCCAGAGAUAUUUCUAAAGAGCAAUAGGAAAUGUUCUUGUUAGCUUGUAUGCUUCUAAGUAGUACACAAAGUCUGUGCCUUAAUUUGCUAGUAUGCUAAUGCAAGUGCAAGUGUACUAAGAUCUAAAAGAUGUUUCACAAUCAUUUGGGAAAAUUGGAGUUGCAUCCAACUGCCUUUCCUUACAUAUGCAUCCCUGAAGUCUGCAAGUAAGGAUAAAAUUGUCAGCAUUCAUAGCUUUUCUGGAGAGUUAAUACUCUUUUGUUAGAGAGAUGGACUGUUUCUUUGCCAUAUAUCCUCUUGACAGCAAGAAAUACUGCUUUAUUCAGUUAAAAUAUAAUACUGUUGUGUUUGUCAUAAUUUAACCAGUUACCAUCCUGACUCUCACAGAAGGAUAAAGACAGUACUAACAUUUUAUUCUGAAGUAGUUAACCUCCAUCAUGUAUAUCACAUUUCUGUUUAAAUUUAAAGUCUUUUUAAAACAGGAGAUGUGUACAGCAUUAGGAAACUUUGUUUCUGUUACUGAAGUAGGCACCAGUUCUGUUCAAAACUAGUAAUACUUUGAGAGAAUACCAGAAUGGCUUUAUAAGCAAAGAAUAAAUUUGAACACAGAUACAUGUCUUUUUCAAUUAUUUAAACUUUUUGUAUCAUUAAUUUAACAGUUUGUGGCAGAAUUUGUUCGUCAUGUCUGAGUUGUAGUUGCUGAAACUAUUCAAUUUAGGAAGUGGAAUCCAUGCCUAUUGAUACUGUAGGCUUCUCAUAGGGGCAGUCACAACCAAGUCUGCCAUGCCAUCAAAUUUAUAAUAACGACAUGACACUAAAGAAGCAAAGCUUCAAUAUCUUCUCUCCAUGGCCUUUUGUUGACUUCAUCUUGUUGUCAGGUUAAUCUUACCAGGUUAGCCAGAUCCUGGUCAUUUGGCUCAUGUACUGUGUCUAUCAUAGAGAACUUAAAAAGAUAACUUAAAAAGUUAAGCUUCAGUCUCUUUUGCAAGCAUGGAUUUCAGGUUAGGUUGUUAACACUGGCACUGUCACUACCAGAGGGACCCUGAGGGAAUCUUGACUUAUUUUACAUUGUUAAACAUAGGAAACUAAAUACUGUUAUCCUCAGCUUGUAAUGUGAGAAGGGAUUCAACAGGUUAUCUCCUAUUUUUAUGUUUUUCCCAGGCAUUGCAUUCAUUAUUUUAAGAAAAUUGCUUUGAUGGCAAAAAGUGCAUCCUUAGUUUGUUUUUAGUAGAAAAUAAGUGCAUAUUAGCUUUCAAGUCCAGUCCUCAGUGAAGUCAUAAGGUUUUCUAAGCUUCUUUAUUUUAUGAAAUAUAAAAUAGUAAAAAGUAUCUUGUAUGGAAACAAACCUUGCUUCAGCAAAGGGUAGUGAUGUAGAGUUAGCAUCCCACAAAGGCAGUAUCUCUGAAAUGUGCAUUUUCAUUUGUUUUUGUGAAAAACAAUGGAUUAGCUUUUUGUUUAUCAACUAGUUAUAUUGCAUUUCUUCUUAACAAAAAUAUGCCCUUUUGCUGAGUUGCCUAAAACUUUUUUGGAAAUUGCUAUUGGGAAGUGCAUCAUCAGAAGGCCAUCAGUGCAGCUGGUAAGCCCAUUCUUACUGACAGGAAAGAGAAAACUGGUUGAGAAAAUAUUAGGUUAUUCAUACUCAAGUAUUUUUUCAUGUCUUUGACUACCUGUUAUGCCUACUUAAAUCCUACAAGCACAUCAUUAAAAUUGACUAUGAAGUUUCUUAUUUGUUAUCUCUUUAUAACUAUUUUGUUACCCUUUUUGCACCCAUUGUAAAGGCAAUAAAGAAAACAAAAUAAAAAAAAGAAGAAAAAUCCCUCACAUUUUUUAAGGUUACAGUGUAACCCAGUCUCAGACGUAUUUACAAAUGUUUCCCCUCCAGUUUUCUCAGAUGUGCUGCUGCACAAGUAUUAACAGUGAUUAAUUACUAGCCCCAUUCCCACUAUUCUUGCUGUCAUAUCCUCUAAAUGUCAGUGCUACUCACAGACUUAAGGGAGUGCAGUAUUUGAAGAACUAAGCUACUGUGUAAAUAGUGUCAUCAAACACUGUAUUCAGCAGUUCUGAGAAUAGUUGAUGGCCAUAAAUAAUAAGUCAUUAUAAAGAUUAAAUAAAGAGAAAGGAGCUGAGAGUCCACUUUCUGUAACAGCUGUUCUGUUUGUAGGCACUAGAAAUAUUUGUUUGUGCCAGUGCACUUGGAUUUGUAACAUUUUUAUGGCUAAGCAUAAAAUAGUUUGCUAUUAAAGGAAGAGUUUUUCAAUUAUUUUCUUUUCUCCUAAAAGACAAAAGUACAUCAGAUACUGUUGGAAGCUUUCUUCCUAGGCAAGAAAGGGAAGAGCACCCCUGUUACCACUGAAGUUAUGCGUUUUUUUCUUCUUAGAAUGAUUUUCAUGCAGUCCUUCACUUCUAGUAAUACAGGAUCUCAAUUAGUAAUCAAAAGGUGCAUAGCAAGAACAAGGCAAGUGUCGUAUUCCUGAAGUUCCAAACAACCAUGAGUUUUUAAGAGAUCUGGUCAAUUUGAAAUAUCAGCUCUAUUAGAAAUGUUUUCUUUCAGUUCCCUUCUGCAGAUUUACUGAAAAACAAAACAAAAAAGCAGCCCUUCAUCAUCAGCAGCAACUUACUAGGAAAGCAAAUCAACCUCAGGAGCCUAUCAAGUUUUUCUAAGAGUAAAUAUUCCCUGGGGUAGCUUCCCAUUAUAAAGAAACAAAGUUUAAAGGUGGAAAGCUCCAAGUUGAAAUGGAAGAAUCUUUUCACAUGUCACAUCAUGAACAGUCAAAAAUUACUACCAUUUUUUUUUCUCAAAGUGGUACUGAAGUGUGAUUUCCAACUCCUAUAUGCAUUGCAGAAUUGUCUGUUAGUGUGUUACUAAUACCAACUUUACUUUGCUGAGAUCUGAAAUUUUAAAGAAGGGAAGAUUCUCUCAUUGAAAAUUCCAGCAAGAUCUGCCUGGUAGCUUCAACAUUUUUACAUAUUUUCACAUCCAGUUAUCAGAGUCAUUGUGUUCAUUAUAAUAAGUACCACAGAACAGGAACUGGAAACCCCUGUCUUUAAAAUUUCACAGUUUUGACCCUAGAAUCCACCUUGAUUUUGCUUCUCUGUCAAAUAAGCAAAAGAAAUUUCUGGUUUUCAGCCUUAGUACUACUCUACAAAACAGAAAGGUCUAGAGAUGUAUUUACUGUUCUCUCCCAGGAAAUGCUACCUCCACCAACAACCCUAAGUUACCAUUAUGUCCCCUUCUCUUUGAUAAAAAAUUGCAGCAGGAAUAUAUGUCCAGGUAUAGAACUUGGGUGUUAACUCAAGAGUUCAUUUUCAGGCAGUUGUAUAUUAUUGACUAUUUCAGAGCACCAUUUUUUCAGGCAUCAUCUAGGCAGGACUUAAAUUAUAAUUUUCAGAUGGUUUAUUUGGGGCUGGGGGUUUAAGCUAAGCAACUAAUUAGUUCACUAGCUACGUGGUUGUUUUGCAGGUGUUUGAGAUUGUAGCUAUGGAAGGGUAGUUCAUUUAGAAAUCUCAGAUCUAUAUGCUUUCUCCAAACAAAAAACUGUUAGGUAUACUUAGAAAAAAAUGGAUAAAUAAAAUCCUAAAAUCUAGUUUAAAAAAUGCAGUAAAAUCUGCCUUGUAAACACAACUUACAUUGAUUUAUUGUUUAUAGAUGAAGAGAGCCUCUGAACCAGUAUGGCAACAUAGGAUUCACACUGAACAGGGAAUACUAGAAAAAAUCCUGAAUUCCUACUAUUUGGAUUUGUCAUUUAGUUUUAGAAACACUUUUUAUAGAUAAGUACUUAAGUUUAUAGAUAAGUACUUAAGUUUUGUGAAUACAGUGAGUGAGACAGCCAUUGAAGCUCUUCAUCAAUAUAAGGCAAUUAGACUUUUUAAAACAAAAAUCAGAUCAGUGAUUCCCUCUGCAUUACAGCUGUUGAAAGUAUGAGCCAGAACUUUCCAUUGCUAAAAAAAAAGAUGCGCUGUACUCUUUUCAGUCAGCUCAGUCUUUCUCAAUAUAUGAUGAAUUCUAUAAAUGUUACAUGCAAGUAAUAAUGCAAAAUUCUUGGAUUAUUGAUAUGUAAGCAAUUGAUUCUGAGCCGUUGCCUCAAUUCUCAAAGAAUCUUUCUGCUCUCUAAAGAGGGUUGCAGUAAUCUUACACUUCCAGCUGAACUCUGCUGUAAUAAUCUCUCUGAAAUAUUUCCUAAUUCUGAAGGCUCCAUGUACACUUACACACCCUUUCACUUACCAGGCAAAGUUAGUUAUUCUGGUGACAGAAAGUCCAAAUACACUCCUGCUUUUAUUUAAUUCAGAAGUACUGUGGUGAUACUAUACUUUAAAACCUAGGGCUAUGUGUUUAUAUGAAAAUGGAAGUAACCAUGAAUCAAGGUGAAGGAUAUUGUUAAAAUCAGAUUUUUAAUGAAUAGCUGUAUCACAAAUUGUCUACAUCAUAAAAUACAUCAGAGGAACAACAUUUGUUACUGUCUGGUUUAUAAUACAGAACAUCCUGCUCCACAUAGGAGAAUUAAAAUGCUAAAUACACUCCUUGACAUUUUGCUGUCAGGCCAUAUUGGAACAGUAUCUUCAAAAUCAACAGCAAUUACUGAAUUCCACCUAAGCCUUAUUAUGAACUUCCUUCUUCUUAAUAGACUUUUUCAGACAGUGUUAAUUUUCAUAAUUCUGCUUUCAGAAAUUUGAAUUCACUAUGCCAUACAACAUUUACUUACAGGAAUAAUUAUACAUCCCCACCACUGUGAAGUGUUGAGACCUGCAAGUCGACAAGAUAAGCAUUAUUGUGUACGGGGAACUGAUCUUGCACUGGGUCUCAACUGAAACGUCUGUUUAGAUGUCUGUUUCCAGUGUUAAUUGUACCAUUACUUGUAAAUCACAAGUUGUUUUUUUUUUCCACCAAGCUUCCCAUUUAAUUUUCACUGAAAUGCUGAAAACAUUUAAUAGGAGAAAAACCCAUAAUACAGGUUCAUCACACAGGACACAACAGGCAGGCAGACUCCUGCAGAGAAAUACUGAGGAGUGAAAGCCUGCAUUAAACACCUGCCCUGUACCUUCUAUUAAAGGACUUCCAGGGAUGAAACUUGGGCUGGGGUUGUAGGACUGCUGAUUUUAAAAUUGCAUAUGUUGCUUUUCCUUUGUGUAACUGUUGGCAGCUGGAGACUGAGCAGGGGUGUUAGGGAAGGAGGGAAAUUCACUUCACUGGCCUGCCAUCACAAGCCAGACUUUUGUCACCAGUAGCCUUGAGUGGGCACAGAUGCCAAUUGCAGAUGUCUUUAGGUAUCCAGUUCUCAAUUUUGUGCCAAAAUACACACCAGCAAUAUCAGGUAAAGCACCUUUCAUGGUCUUUGUUGUUUAAAAAUAAUAUAUUUGUGAAACAGAUUGAUAAUACAUAACACUGGAAAUGGGUCCUUCUUCCCUAAAGUACAUGUAAAAUAAAAUAAAUAAAAAAAAAAAAAGAAAACAACAUUUGUGAGUUUAUCUGGCUUUUAAUCAAGUCUGAAAAUGAUAACUAUGUUAUACAGUUGCCAGUUGUCGGUCCUUUAUAUUUUAAAUAGAUCUGCAUUUUAACUUUAUUUAUUUGCCAAUUUUUUAUAUACUUUUAAGUUACACUUUAGAACUCAAGCUAACUUUUUAAUUUCCUAGGCUGUUUAUGUAAGAGAUUUUCAGUCUUCUUGUAAACUGCAGACCUUUUUUGAAUAGUCCUUUGUCUUCUCCUUUGGACCACUUACCACUAAUGAGUCUGCAGUCCCUGUUUUACUGUACUCUUCCAAUAAAUGUAAAAUGUUUGUAUCAA